AUGGGGCUUAAUGACUCAUGCGCUCAAGCUAGAAGUCAGAUCUUAAUGAGAAGCCUUGUACCCACAAUUAAUCAAGCAUAUGCUAUGACAGUAAGUGAUGAAGGGCAAAAAUCAAUAGCGGCUACCACUGGAAUUUUAGGGGCCAAUCCUGCUGUUAUGACAGGAAAUUUUGAUGCUGUAAUGUACUCAAGAACUACAGGAAAUCAAAGGUUCAAGAAAAACUAUAACAUUCUGUGUGAGUUCUGUAAGCUCAAGGGGCAUAGCAAAGAGAAUUGUUAUAAAAUAGUGGGCUAUCCACCUGAUUACAGACCAAAAAAGAGAGGGGGAACAGGAAGUAAUGCAACAUACAAUGUCAUCAGAGACAAUCCUCAGCAACAGGCAUACAAUGGGUACAAUGAUCCAAGGGUUCCUCUGCAGAAUCUGACUAUGAAUGCAAAUACUGCAAAUCAAGUUCCUAUAACUACUGAGGACCAAGGGUCUGUAAUUGGUCUAAACUUCAAUCAACUGGAUCCGAUGGCAGACUGCACCUUCUCUAGAGAUCAAUAUGAACAGAUCCUUCAGCUACUGAACAAAGCAGGGUCUAGUCAGACUUCCAACACAGUGUCAACCCCUGCAGCAAAUACAACAGGUAUUAGUUGUGCUCUAUUGGCCUCUAACAAUCUACAAGAUUGGAUAAUAGACACAGGAGCCACAAAUCACAUGGUAGCUGAUCUGAAUAUGUUAAACAAGUCAACUAUACUUCAAUCUGAAAAACCAAGAAAAUAUUUAUGCCAAAUGGAGACAUUUCAUAUGUUACACAUACUGGUGCUUGCACUUUAUCAGAAGGAAACACAAUUACUAAUGAACUCUUCAGUGGGAACAGAAGGAAUAAAUGACAAGGAUCAAACAAUUACACCUACAGCAAAGGACAUUGACCUAUGUCACAGGAGAUUUGAUCUAGUACAUAUGGAUUUAUGGGGGCCUUACAAGACCCCUACCUAUGAUGGUAAUAGAUAUUUCUUAACAGUUCUUGAUGAUUUUACAAGAAUGACCUGGGUGUUUCUACUUAAGCAGAAAUCUGAAGUGUGUGUCUUGCUACAACAAUUUCUAGUAUUGGUUAAAACUCAGUUUGACAAGACUGUUAAAAUUGUUAGAACAGACAAUGGCACUGAGUUUGUAAACUCUGUGUGCAGUGAGAUGUUUAAAAAACUUGGAAUUAUCCAUCAAACUUCAUGUGCCUACACUUCUCAGCAAAAUGGAGUUGCUGAGAGGAAGCAAAGGAUGCCAAGUACUGUUAUCAAUAACAAAACUCCCUAUGAGAAACUAUAUCAGAAACCACCAUCCUAUAAUCACCUAAAAGUACUAGGAUGCUUAUGUUAUGCCAAGAUUGUUCAGCAACAUGACAAAAUGCUGUCAAGAACCAAAACUGCAGUCCAUAUGGGAUAUGCAGAAACUCAGAAAGGCUACUUAUUAUAUGACCUACAAGACAUGCUUUUCUUUGUUAAUAGAGAUGUCGUAUUCAGAGAGGAUGUCUUUCCUUUCAAGAAGAAAGAAGAUUCCUCGGUGCCUAUAUUCCCAACCUCAAUAACCGCACAUCUGCAUGACAUUCACUACUCAGUACCUCAAGGUGUACAAACACAUGAUCAAUCAACAGAGAGAUCAAUUCAACCUUAA